AUGGAUGCCUGGCAAUUCCUCCCUUCGAAGAUUAGUCCUGGUAUGGACAAGGCCAGUUGGCCGCAACGCGAGACCAACUUCGACAAUGCUGGGCCUCAACUUUCUGGCUUCAAUCGACCCACGCGUUAUCAAGGGGAGAUGCGAAAUCUUGAGGUUUUCGGAACCAUUCCUAAAUCUAUUUCGGGCACCUUCUAUCGCAUCAUGCCUGAACCUUAUCAUGUUCCAUUCGUGAAGAAUGACAUUUGGCUCAACGGUGAUGGCGCAAUUUCGUCGUUCCGAAUCAAGGACGGCAAUGUCGAUUUCAAGCAACAUUUCGUGCAGACCGAAAAGUUUCGGGUAGAAGCUCUCGAAAACCGGGCGCUGCUUGGCAAAUACCGGAAUCCAUGGACCGACUUGGUUGAGUUUGCGGAUCGGACCACAGCCAACACUACGGCGCUCCCUUACAAGGGUAUGAUCCUCGCCUUGAAAGAAGAUAGCAGGCCAUACGCAAUAGACCCGCGGACCCUUGAGACAAUUGGAAAGUUCGACUUCGAUGGGCAACUGGAGAGCGAGACAUUCACAGCGCAUCCCAAGUACGACGUGAACACAAGAGAACUACUUGGUUUCGGGUACGAGGGCAAGGGCAUAGGAAGUAAAGACGUCUACUACAUGUCGAUCAAUGAACAUGGCAAAUUCACCGAGAAAGUUUGGUUUGAGGCGCCAUUUUGCGGCUUUCAGCACGAUAUGGCAUUUACUGAUAAUUGGCAAUGUUUCCCCGACAAGCUGAAGGAAGGUGGAAAUCAUUGGACGUGGACCGAUCGUCCACACUACAUUGGCAUUCUCCCGCGAAGAGGAGCCAAGCCGACAGACAUCAAGUGGUUCGAGGGCCCUAAUUGGAUGACGGGACAUGUUGCGAACGCCUGGGAAGAGGAUGGUAAAGUCCAUAUUCAAGUUUCACUUACUAAGGUGAACGGAUUCGGCUUCUUCCCGGACAAAAAUGGCCAAGCUCCUCGUAUGGAGGAGGUUCCGAUUAACCUGAACGAGUGGACCAUUGAUCCUCAUUCAAAGAGGCUGGUCUUGCCUGAACCGGAGCAGAUUAUCACAGAGACAAACGAGUUUCCUCGCAUCGAUGACAGACUUUUUGGGCAGAAGAACCGUGUCCUGUUCGGCAUGUCAAUGGAUUUUGCUCCAGGAGUUACAGAUUGGGAGUUCUCUACACCCCGAAUGGGAUCCGGAAUCAUACACAUGAAUACCCUUUAUAAAAAGGAUGUCGUCACUGGAGAGAUACAGAAGUACCGCAGAGGAACUCGUCAUUUCUUUCAGGAGCCUCAAUUCAUUCCUCGUCAUCCCGAAGCUCCAGAAGGCGAUGGGUUCCUGAUCGCGUUGGUGAACAACUUCGAUGAGAUGAUCAGUGAAUUAGUCAUUAUCGAUUGUGAUAACUUCACAGAACAUGUCGCGUUGGCGAAGCUACCUAUCAGACUUAGACCAGGGUUCCAUGGCAAUUGGGUCGACGAUACCGACAUUGAUGGUCGCCCGGUUCGAGCUCCCAAGCAAAGCCCAGCCACGGUCGACGGCAGUGGCCCUACCAAUGGACAUCGGAUUUGA